AUGGCGCCCCACGCAGACCAGGACGCCUCCCAUGCCAAUGGCAAUGGCACCCAGCCUUCCAAGGGCCGCUAUCACGCGACUUCGACCAAAACCGCCAUUACCGCCGAGAACGAGUUUGCUGCCCACAACUACCACCCGCUCCCCGUGGUGUUUGCUCGCGCCCAGGGCGUCCACGUGUGGGAUCCCGAGGGCAAGCACUACCUCGACUUCCUCUCCGCAUAUAGCGCCGUCAACCAGGGGCACUGCCACCCGGAACUGGUCAAGGCCUUGACCGAGCAGGCCGGCCGCCUCACGCUCAGUUCGCGCGCUUUCCACAACGAUGUCUUCCCGGUAUGGGCCGAAAAGGUCCGCAAGGUGUUCGGCUUCGACAUGGUGCUACCUAUGAACACGGGUGCCGAGGCUGUCGAAACCGCCAUCAAGGUCGCUCGCAAGUGGGCAUACAAGGUGAAGGGCGUUGCCCCGGGCAAGGCUCUAAUCUUUAGUGCCUCGGACAACUUCCACGGCCGGACGAUGACCGCAGUCUCUCUCUCUGUCGACCCUGAGUCCCGCGACAACUACGGGCCCUACCUCCCCAACACUGGCGCCAUUAACCCCUCCACCGGUGCCCCCAUCCGCUACAACAACAUCCCCGAUCUCGAAGCAGUUUUGGAGGCCCACGGCCCCGAAACCGCCGCCUUCAUUGUCGAGCCCAUCCAGGGCGAGGCCGGCGUCAUGGUCCCCGACGACGACUACCUGACGCGCGCCCAGGCCCUCUGCCGCCGUCACAACGUGCUACUCAUCUGCGACGAGAUCCAGACCGGUAUCGCCCGCACCGGCCGUAUGCUGUGCUCCGAGUGGGCCGGCAUCAAGCCCGACAUGGUGACCCUCGGCAAGGCCAUCUCCGGCGGCAUGUACCCCGUCAGUUGUGUGCUGGCCGACCGCGCGGUCAUGGACGUUAUCGAGCCGGGCACCCACGGUUCGACAUACGGCGGCAACCCCCUUGGCUGCGCCGUUUCUAUCCGCGCCCUCGAGCUUGUCGAGGAGGAAAAGCUUGUUGAGCGCGCCGAGCGCCUUGGUCAAAUCUUCCGCGAGGGGAUUGCCGCAUUCAACUCACCCAUUGUCCGUACCGUGCGCGGCAAGGGCCUCCUCAACGCCAUUGUCAUUGACGAGAGCAAAACGGAGGGCCGCACCGCUUGGGAAUUGUGCCUGCUGCUGAAGGAUAAGGGCGUGCUUGCGAAACCUACGCAUGGUAACAUCAUUCGCUUCGCUCCGCCCCUGGUCAUCACCGAGGAAGAGCUCCGGGGCGCUAUCCAGUCGAUUGGCGAGGCGCUCAAGGAGCUUCCCACCGCUAAGGUGGCCGAGGGCGGUCACUAG